AAUUCUUGCCGAGCGCCGCCCGCGUAGCGCCAUUUUGAAAGUGUAAAGCUUGGAGGAGGCAGAUGCGAGGGAAAUCUCAAAGUGCAGUGCAAAGUCUGUAGACCAGUACUGAACGCUGUGUGUUAAGUCUUUCAGUGUUGUAAAAAAGUAGCUCUGUGGUUUAAGCAACCGUUGGACUGACGGCAUUUGGAGUUAGCAACAGCCUCAUUCCUCCACUGCUCCUCGGUCAGAACCACCCAACCGACCCGGGUCAGCAGCACUGCUUCUGUCCAGGGCCUGAACCUGCUACAGAGAGCCCAGUCCCUCACCAUGGCAGGUAAAAGAAAACUGUCAGAACGGCCCGGUGGUGGGAGCAGCGAUGUGCAGUGGUGCUUCUCUCAAGUCAAAGGAGCGAUGGAUGAUGAUGUGGCUGAAGCUGACAUUAUAUCUACUGUUGAAUUCAAUCACACUGGGGAGCUGCUUGCCACUGGGGACAAAGGAGGUCGUGUUGUCAUCUUCCAGCAGGAGCCAGAGAGUAAGAACCAGCCACAGUGCAAAGGAGAGUACAAUGUUUAUAGCACCUUCCAGAGCCACGAGCCCGAGUUCGACUACCUGAAAAGUCUUGAGAUUGAAGAGAAAAUCAACAAGAUUCGAUGGUUACCGCAGAAGAAUGCAGCACAGUUCCUUUUGUCCACAAAUGAUAAAACUAUCAAGCUGUGGAAAAUUAGUGAACGAGACAAGAGACCAGAGGGCUACAAUCUGAAGGAAGAAGACGGGCGAUACAGAGAUCCUAAUUCUGUCACAACACUACGGGUACCGGUGUUGAGGCCCAUGGACCUGAUGGUGGAAGCCAGCCCCAGACGAGUGUUUGCAAACGCUCACACGUACCACAUCAACUCCAUAUCUGUCAACAGUGAUCAUGAGACCUAUCUGUCUGCAGACGACCUGCGCAUAAACCUCUGGCAUCUGGAGAUCACCGAUCGCAGCUUUAAUAUUGUUGACAUAAAGCCAGCUAAUAUGGAGGAGCUGACAGAAGUGAUCACGGCUGCAGAGUUUCACCCGGACCAGUGCAACACUUUUGUUUACAGCAGCAGCAAGGGAACCAUCCGCCUGUGUGACAUGAGGGCAUCAGCCCUGUGUGACCAGCAUGCCAAAAUGUUUGAGGAGCCAGAAGAUCCAAACAACCGUUCAUUCUUUUCUGAAAUCAUCUCGUCCAUCUCCGAUGUCAAGUUCAGCCACAGUGGACGCUACAUGAUGACGCGAGACUAUCUGUCCGUCAAAAUUUGGGAUCUGAACAUGGAAACCCGACCAGUAGAGACAUAUCAGGUGCAUGAAUAUCUCAGGAGUAAGUUGUGUUCACUUUAUGAGAACGACUGCAUUUUUGACAAGUUUGAAUGCUGCUGGAAUGGCAAUGACAGCGUUGUGAUGACGGGUUCCUACAACAACUUCUUCAGGAUGUUUGACAGGGACUACCGACAGGACGUGACCUUCGAAGCGUCACGUGAAAACAGCAAGCCGCGGUCGGUCCUGAAGCCUCGCAAAAUAAGCACAGGUGGGAAGCGCAAAAAGGAUGAGAUCAGUGUAGACAGUCUGGACUUUAACAAGAAGAUCCUCCACACUGCCUGGCAUCCGCUGGACAACAUCAUUGCUGUGGCCACCACCAACAAUCUGUACAUAUUCCAAGAUAAACUGAACUAAAGUCCAUUAACCCGCUCAGAUCCCAAUUUCUUCUUUAGCCCUCUUUUGCUCUCAGAUUAAAACAAAAUCCGUUUUAGGCCAAGCCCCUAAAACUUGAUCAAAUCUGUCCUUUUGAUUAUGUGAGAAGACUUGCUUUCUAAAUGGUGCCAUACAUCCAGCCAGGCCAUAAAAAAAGCAUCACAGUGUGCUGUUAGUUUCUUCCACUAGAAGCACUCCAUCCAUUCAGCUUCCAUUUGUAACUCCACUACAUCCCAAACCAAAGGGAAAAUCUUCGUUUUAUCGCUUGUUCGUGCCAUAUUGACAUGAUUCAUUUGUCUGUUAUUCCUACUAGUUAACUUUCUGUUCUUUUUGGUUCAGUCUUUCCGUCACCAACUUCAUUCUUGUGCUGCCCUCAUUCAUCAAUACAAAGCUGUCAAUUCUUUUAUUUGCCCAACAAGUAUCAAGUUGCCAAGUUCUUUCCCUAUGUACUGUAUGAUUACUGUUAAAGGACUAAUUUAGCUUGUCAUUAUGUUAAGCUCAUUGUCUAAAAAAAAACUUUGGAUAAAUGAUAUCAAAUCUAACGGAGUACAAAUAUUUUUUAUUUUUUUUUUAUGUUGACUCAGUUGCUUGUUUACAUUCAUCUCUCUUCUUUAAGAAAAUCUCCUGGGUAUGAUUUUACAUUUCUAUAACGCAUUAUAUUGUGUGUUUUGGCCAUUUGUUUCAAUAUAGGAUUCAUCCUACAAACAACUUCGAUUCAUUCAAGAGCAGUCUGUUGAAGCGGCCUGUCAUUCGAGUUUAAUGUUCACCACACUCUCAUUCAAUCGUACCCAUAUCAGUGACAGAGCCAUGAGAUGUCCUUGAUAUUUUUUAUUCACUCAGGUUAUGGGACAGCACUAGAGGAAUGGGUGUAAAACCAAAAUGUAUGACAGGUUUUCUUACAGAAGUGUGUUUUAUCACUGUAAUUCUGCUGUGGUUGAGUUUGUAGUAAAUGGAAGGAGGUGAAAUGUU